AUGACUCAUGCACCGCCACCACCAACCCCUGCAGGCGCACCCCCGGCACACUUGGGCGAAAUUCCGCCACCAGCCCCAACGCCGGAGGCCCAAGCGCCAUCCACCUCUACUGAUGGUGCGACCCGCAUCAUCGCACUGAAAGGCGACAUUACUACACUGAAGGGCACGGUCAAUCAGAUGGCCACCGACAUGGCCGAGCUCAUGGCUUUGCUCAGAGCUCCAAACCGCACCUCCUCGAACUCUACUCCGCCUCCGGGGUACGGGCCAACGGUCGACCCAAACCCCUGGGUCCCACCGACCCAUGCUUCGAAAGGUAAUGAAGCGCCCGCAAUGCACGCGCCAGCGGGCCAUCUGGCCAACGUCCCUCUGCCAUCAGUGACUCUCUCGGCGGACAUUCUUCCUCCACCGUCAGACCCAACCAUGGUUGCACUGCCGCCGAUGUCCAUACCGGUUCCGGUCCUUGUUUACGCAGCUCCUCCGCCGAUGGUCUUCCCGGCACCAAGCCCUCAUGCUCCUGUUCACACAUCUGAGCCUCUCCUAUUCCAAGCUCCACAACCCCAUAUAAGCUUUUCUUAUUCAACUCUACCUCCUAUAAAUAUUCCCAUCCCUAAACCGGGCACGCCAUCCCAGGCUGUCCCCAUAGCUCCACCGAUAAAAUUUUUCCCCGAAACGGAGACCGAGCAGGAACAGAGAUUAAAGAAGAUGGAAGAGAACAUCAGAACCCUACAAUCAGGCGGCUCCCGCCUCGAUGCCGGUGAUGGUGAUUGGAGUCUUUUUCCGGGUAUGCAGCUACCCCCUAAGAUUUAG